GGCCAGGCAGGCACUCUCGGCUUGGAGGUGACCUGCCGCAUGGAAUCAGAGAGCCCACGGUAACGUUAACCAAAGCGGCGCUAAGAAAAAUAAAUCCUCCACCAGGGAGAGGCGGCAGAUUGAGUUGCCGCUUGAGCGUUUUGGCCUUAGCGGUGGGAUAGAAAGGCGUUUGGGGUGGAUCAAGCCUUAGAAGAAGGGAGACAACGCAAACAAGAGACACAGAUACAGUGCAGAGCGCUACAAGCGCAGAGAGCAGGCCAGAGCGGAAGAAUAGGUCUCAUCAAAAGGCCAUUGUGUAGCCUGUCAAAGCCCCCCUCCCUUCUUUGUGGCUUCUGUAGAAGCCCCACUAUUGGUUACAGGAGGCCGGCAGCUCAUUGAAAUCUUUGUAAUCCUAGCUGCGCUAAUUAAGCAAGGCUGCGGGUGCUUAAGCAUGUACAUUUUUUCCUGAGCAUUCUCUCCUCUCCAUCCGCACCCCACCCCCUCGCCACGCUGGAGAAGAUGAGGAGGAGGAAGAGGUCAGUGUGAGCCACGCAGGAGGCAGCAGCACUGCCAGCAGGGGGGACGAGGCAGCCAAACGAGAUUGGCUUUACGGGCAGAAGAUUAAAUGUAGGAAGAGCUGGUGCACACACAGAGAGAGAAAGAGACUGGGAACUGGGGCAGGUGCACGUCAUUGGGUCUUUGACUGAGGUGUAAGGUUCCUUUGCACUAAUCCAGAUCGCUCGGCUGUGCCUAUGUGAGCGUGCACGUUUCCGUACCCCCAACGAAGGACUGGGAAGACCUUAGGCGCCCACCCCAGUCCUUGGGACUAUAUCCGCUGUCCGGACAGAAGAUGCCAACGAAUGGGAUCCACCAGCUUCUGAAGAUCCAGUUUGGCUUGAUUAACUCUGACAACAGGUACCUGACGGCAGAGAGCUUUGGCUACAAGGUCAACGCCUCGGCGCCCAGCCUGAAAAGGAAGCAGAUAUGGACCCUGGAGCAGGACGGAGACAGCUCCGUGGUCUUCCUGAAGAGCCACCUAGGUAGGUACUUAUCUGCUGACAAGGAUGGCAAGGUCUCGUGUGAAGCCGAGAAGCCAGGAGGUGAUGGGCGUUUUGUCAUUGUCACCCAGUCGGACGGGCGCUGGGCGCUCCAGUCAGAACCCUACAAGCGUUUCUUUGGCGGUUCCGAAGACAGGUUGUCCUGCUUUGCCCAGACCAUCACAGAGACGGAGCUCUGGGCUGUGCACUUGGCUAUCCACCCCCAGGCCAACCUCUUGAGCGUGAGCAGGAGAAGGUAUGCGCACCUCAGCGCACAGGAGGACGAGAUCUCCACCGACAGCAACAUCCCUUGGGGUGUGGACUCGCUCAUCACCCUCACCUUCCAGAACAAGAAGUACUGCCUGAGAACCUGCGACAACCGCUACCUGCGCAACGAUGGCACUCUGGUCAAGGAGCCUGACCCCCGCGCAGGCUACACCCUGGAAUUCAAGGCGGGCAAGCUGGCCUUCAAGGAUUGCGAUGGGAAAUACCUGGCGCCCAUGGGACCUACCGGCACUCUAAAAUCUGGCAGGAGCUCCAAGCCGGGCAAAGAUGAACUCUUUGAUCUGGAAGAGAGCCACCCGCAAGUAGUUUUCGUGGCCUCCAAUGGCAGAUAUGUCUCCAUCCGGCAAGGUGUCAACGUCUCGGCCAAUCAGGAUGAAGAGACACACCACGAAACCUUCCAGAUACAGAUUGAUAAAGAAACAAAGAAGUGCAUCUUCCAUUCCAACACAGGCAACUACUGGACCUUGGUGUCGCAUGGGGGAAUUCAGGCCACGGCCACAGAAAUAUCUGCUAGCACCAUGUUUGAUAUGGAGUGGCGUGGACGCCGGGUAGCCCUCAAAGCUCGCAAUGGCAAAUAUAUCUGCACCAAGAAGAAUGGACAACUGGCAGCUGUCAGUGAUGCAGUGGGGGAGGAUGAGGAAUUUGUUCUCAAGCUGAUCAACCGGCCCAUCCUGGUCCUUCGCGGGGCUCAUGGCUUCGUGUGCUACCACCGCAACUCCAACUUGCUAGACGCCAACCGUUCCGUCUAUGAUGUCUUCCAGAUCAUCUUCAACGACGGCGCUUACCAGAUCAAAGGCCUCGGUGGCAAGUUCUGGUAUGUGGCCACCAACGGCACCGUCUGCAGCGACGGCGAGAUGUCGGAGGAUUUCUACUUUGAGUUCCGCGAGUGCAGCCGGGUGGCCAUCAAAGGGAAGAACGGCAAAUACCUCCGCGGCGACCAAGCCGGGACCCUGCGUGCCGAUGCCGACACCCUGCACCGGGCCACCCUCUGGGAGUACUGACGCCGUGCCACUUGCUGAGUAGCACCGUAGAUGCUCUAGCUUCCGCCACGGUAGCCGAGCCAGCUCAGAGCGGACACAGAGGUGGGGUAUUUGGCGGGGAGGGGAAAGUUGAGUGUUCCCACCUGGACUCCAGAGGCACAGUAAUAUAGCCCCAUCUUCCUCCGUGGAAAAGGACCUUGCUGGGAAGGAGGGGUGGGGACCUCUUGCCCUAUUUCCCAUAGUCUUAAUCUGUCUAACCUUAGAAGCAGCACCCUAAUGCACAGCUCCCGGGAGGGUGCGACACUGAUGUACCCAGGAUUAAAGCGAUAGAGGCUCCGUUUCAGAACCAGCGCAACAUUGCCUGUGGCUGUCUUCCCUUUCCCAUGCUCCGCACCUGAAACAGAAGACGACAAGUUGCAGGUUUCAGGGGGCCUUGGAAGCCCUUUUCUCCCCACUCCCUCUAAAUUAGGAGAGCAGUAGAAGAUAGAAAGCAGCGGCCUUCGUACUCAGCCAGAAUCAUUGGUACAUCUAGUUCAAUACUGUCCACGCUGACUGGUAGAAUGCUGCAAGGUUUCAGGCAGUGGAAAUUCCCAGCGUUACAUGCAGAUGCCGAGGACUGAACCUGGGGCCUUCUGCAUACCAAGCAGGUCUCCUCCAAGAAGGAGGAAACCUUCUCCCCUAAUCCUUUCUCUGCUCUGUCCAAUGGAUGACCAGCAGCUCCUCAGAUCCCCCUCUCCCCAAUUUUCUCUUCCCUUUUUAGCAAGAGCUCUAGUUCUAAUACUCUCUUCACCUACAACUCUGGAACAAAAACAGUAUCCUGAGGGGGGUUUUAUUUUUUUGGGGGGAGCAGUGGCUGUGGGCCCCAGCGGCUGCAUGUGCGGAGAUGGAAGCCGAGUGCCGUUUAGAAGUCAAGGCAGUCAGGAGGGUCUUGGCAGGGCUGGAACAUCUUCCAUGGGGUGGUCUAGCCACAGACAAUGGGCCAUUUUGGGUAACAUUCCAAGAGGAGGGGGAAGACAGAGCUGGUCUCCAAAGGAUGCAAAGAUCUGGAGGAAGAGGAACCGUAGUUAGACUAGCAGAGGUCUUUGUAUGACAGCUGAGAAUCCCAGGCCCGGGAACACGAGACCCUUAAUCUCAGGGUUGUGGGUUCAAACCCCAUGUUGGGCAAAAGAUUCCCGAAUUGCAUUGUGUUGGACUAGAUGACAAUUGUGGUCCCUUCCAAUUCUGUGAUACGAUAAAGUCUACGGUAUGACCA